CCGCAACCGCUGUCCGGUGGCGCCGUUGCCUCCAGUUCCAGUUCCAGGCUCGCGCGGCCCCACCCCGGCUCCGACCCCUUCCCGGCGGCAUCCCCGCCCGAGCCAGCAACCUUUGUACUGGCGCGUUUCCACCCUGUCUCCCUGCCCAGUCCCCACCCCGGAGUCCUCGCUCCCAAGGGUUUCGAGCUCUCGCCGCGGCGCGGGCAAUGGCGACGCGGGGCUGGGAGCGCUGGUAGACUACUAGAUUCUCAUCACGCGGAAGCUUGUUGCCACCUCGCCAUCGCGGGGUAUGGGGAGCAACGGCAAGGUGUGGGAGGAGGCGGGAGUGGGCGGCGGCGUUCGGAGGCGGAAGGGUGGCUCGGAGGCGGCGGGCGCGGGCGCGUCGUCCUCCUUCGCCGAGGGGAUGGGGGAGUUUGUGCUGAGCUCCAUGGACGCCAGGUUUUCCGGAUCGGUCGACAGAGAUGAGUUGUUCGUCUCGUCGCGGCAGCCCGUAUUUGGGCAUAGCAAAUCGACAGCUGCAAGUUCUGGUAUUUGUAAAGGGCAAGAACACACUUUUGUAAGAUCAUACUCUGAUAGGUUGCUGAAGUGUGACCUCACUUUGGAUAUGCUAUCGGAAAAUGAGAAGGAGAAUUUGCGAGAAGCAGUGUUUCCAGACAAAUAUAAAUGUUGUCUCGAAAUAUCCAUGUUUUUUCUUUUUUGGGGUUUAUUUGUACAUGGCCAUUUGUGUUAUAGCUAUUUAUUGUUGUUUGGUGCUCCAGAUAAAGAUAUUUGAGAAGCUGGUAAAGUUCCAGAAUGAUGGUACCGUGGAGGUAGAUGUGACACGUAGUGCUCUUGUUACCUCAGAACUCUCAGAGAUUGACGCUUUUGGUUAUGUACCACGUGAUAUUGAAGAAGUUACACCUGGAAUCACCAAGUCAGUCCCAAAGCUGAAGAUUGCCAUACUUGUAGUUGGAACCCGAGGGGAUGUUCAGCCUUUUAUAGCAUUAGCUAAAAGACUUCAGGAAUUUGGUCAUUAUGUUAGACUGGCAACUCAUGUCAAUUUCCAUACUUUCGUGAAGUCAGCUGGCAUUGAUUUUUACCCAUUGGGUGGUGACCCUCGGAUUAUGGCUCAGUACAUGACAAAAAACAAAGGGUUUUGCCUGGCUGCACCAACAGAGAUUUACGCUCAAAGAAAGCAACUUAAGGAAAUUAUCUUCUCAGUUCUACCUGCAUGCACAGAACCUGAUUUGGAUACUGGAACACCAUUCAGAGCUCAGGCAAUAAUAGCAAAUCCUCCUGCUUAUGGUCAUCUGCACAUUGCUGAGGCACUUGGAAUACCUCUGCAUAUCUUCUUCACUUUUCCAUGGACGCCAACCGAUGAAUUUCCACAUCCAUUGGCACGAAUGCCUCAGAGUGCAACCUACAGGCUAUCGUAUCUUAUUCUGGAUUUAAUAAUUUGGUGGGGCACCAGGGGAUUCAUAAAUGAUUUCAGGAAGAAAUUAAAUUUGCCCCCUAUUGCUUACUUCAGCACAUACCAUGGAUCUAUAUCUCACUUACCUACUGGAUACAUGUGGAGCCCUCAACUUAUGCCAAAGCCAAAAGACUGGGGCCCUCUAGUAGAUGUUGUGGGAUAUUGCUUCUUAAAUCUUGGAACAAAGUAUCAACCACCACCGGAGCUAUCACAGUGGCUUCAACAGGGGCCCAAGCCAAUAUACAUUGGUUUUGGUAGCAUGCCUCUUGAUGAUGAGAAGAAAGUCACUGCUACCAUUUUGGAUGCAUUAAGAGAAACAGGACAAAGGGGGGUCAUUAGCCGUGGUUGGGGAGCUCUUGGAAGUUUUUCAGAAGUUCCAGUGGAUGUCUUCAUCUUGGAGGAUUGCCCUCACGACUGGCUAUUUCCUCACUGUGCUGCAGUGGUGCAUCAUGGUGGAGCAGGUACUACAGCCGCAGGGCUGAUAGCCGGGUGUCCUACCACAGUAGUGCCAUUCUUUGGAGACCAGUUCUUCUGGGCUGAGAGAGUUCAUGCACGAGGAGUGGGUCCUGCACCUAUACCUAUAGCAGCGCUCACAGUUGAGGCACUUUCCAAUGCAAUAAGAUUCAUGCUUGAUCCUGAGGUAAAAUCACGAGCAAUGGAACUGGCGAUAGCAAUAGGGAAUGAGGAUGGCGUGGCGGCUGCUGUAGACGCAUUUCACCGACAUCUGCCUCCGGAGUUGCCACUUGCUCCACCUGCACAUGUAGAGGAAGAACGCAUAGACUUCUUCCAAUGGUUUUCCCGAGCCCUAGAAAAGUGCUGUUCUCCAUUCAAUUUUUAGUUGUGAUUCACAUUUUAGGUAGUUAAUAUUUAUUCAUUCAUGGGUUGAAAAAUAAAACACAAUCUUCAGAAAGGAGUGGAAUAAAUGGUGGUUUACGCCGAGGGUGUUUCCCCCCUUCGCAUCCCAAUAUCCCAUCGUGGAUGCAAUAACAAUAAACAGGAUUGUGGUGUUUAUAGCUUUGCCACUAUAAAUGGUUAGGCAACUGGAGUUGUAUACAUUAUUACAUUCAGAAUUUGUUGUUGGUCUGAAAAUUUUGUACUACAA